AGAAAAAGAAUUUUUUUCUAAAAGUAAAUAAAUUCUCCACCCAUAGAUGGCGACACAUCGUUUUCUUUUUUAUCAAAGAAUUUGAAUUGUUUAUGAUUCUUGGCGGGAAACAUUUUGGGUCAACCUUUGAGUCUAAAUUACACGUUUCUAAUAAAUUAGCUAAUUGUCAUCUAAUCACAAUUAACUUUAAUAAUAAUUGGUGUUAAUUAAUUAACCAUUACCCUGUGAACUAUCCAAUGAUCCAACUAAAAUAGUCACAAUUGAUUUGGAUCUUUAAACUGUAACCGAAAACAACUGUUACCCUUAUUUUUUUUUGUUCUGUUUCUUCAUUGUUAAUAUUAUAAAGAUAAUUGUUUACUCAUUGUUAUCCUUUGGUGGCUUUGGUGGUGUUUUUGUUUCUUCUUGGGACUAAUAUAUUCACCUUGACAUUUGUGUAAAAGGUUAAAUUGAUGGUUAUUUAUCAUGUUUCUACAAGAUUAUCGGAAAGAAUUUUAUGAAUUACUGUUUGGUCAACGGAUUUUGGUUCUUGUUAAUUAUGAUGUAGAUGCUGUUUGUGCUGCGAAGCUUUUGUCUUCGCUUUUCCGUUCGGAUAAUAUUGUCUUCACCAUUGUACCUGUUCUUGAUGCUGAAGAUCUUUACAAAACAUACAAUGCUCACCGAGGAAGUGUUAAAUAUAUUCUAUUGAUUAAUAUUGGUGCUACUUUUGAUAUAGUCGAAUUACUUGAACCAGAUGAUGAACAAGUUUUCUUUAUCGCUGACAGUCAUCGGCCCAUCGAUGUCUACAAUGCCUACAGAGGAGAUCAGGUUAAGUUAUUAAUGAAAGCUGAUGAUGUAGGUGAAAUUCCUGAAUACAAUGAUCUAUUUCGUGACUCUGACGAUGAAGAUGAUGAAGAUGAUCAUUCAAUUGCUGGUAUGAGUUUGGAACAAUUGGAAAAACGUCAAGAGAGAAGACUUUGGAACGAGAAAAGGAGACAAAUUCUAUUCGAUUAUAGUCAAUUUAGUUAUUAUGGUGAUUCAAUUUCAUGGACUUUCUUUCAAUUAGCUUGUAAGCUAAAUAAAGAUACUAAUGAACUUCUUUGGUUGGCAAUAGUUGGUAUUUACGAUUUACUCUCAUCUGGACGUAUUGAUCGUAGUGUUUUUAAAGACUACCUGAAGCAGCUUAAAAGUCAUUGUAAACGUUUAGGUGAACUAAAGAGUAACGUUAAUCUAUUCAAAGAAUCUGCUCCAAUCGAUGAUAUAAUCAAUACUCCGGCUGGAAGGCGAAGUUGCAUUUCGGUAGUUCAUAAAAAAGAUUUACAAUUACUCCUUUAUCGUCACUGGAAUCUACAUGAUAGUCUUAAACACACCAUGCACGUUUCUUGUACAUUCAGAGUGUGGCAUUUAAAGGGUUAUAAGCGUCUCCUUGAAUUUCUCGCUGAACUGGGAAUACCUUUGAAACAAAGUAAACAAAAGUUUGUCUCUAUGGAUCUGGAAUUGAGGAAACAUGUUCAAGAAUGGGUUUCCGAUUUAGCCGAGAAAUAUGGUCUAAACAAAGUGAUCGGCGAUUCGUUCGAGGCCAGUCAUGGAUUUAAGUACAAGUUUGUCGCUAACGAUGUUGUUUCGGGAGUUAAAGCACUAUUAGAAUCACCAAAUAAGGAGCUCUCACCGAAAGAAAAAUUUAUGAAAGCACUUGACUCACUUUCUUGGACCAAAACCGAUGAACUUAUGGAAGGCAUUGAAUUGGCCAAAUUAAAAUACGAAGCUAUACUCAAAGCGGUUCACGAUAUUAUCGAGAUGAGAAGUGUUGAAUCUUCUGGACCUUUUUUACAUACAAUUAUUCCCGAAGGUUCACCUGAUGCUAAAUUAUUCGCUUAUCCUGGAAGCCUGAUAACUUUGGCUCGAUUUAUUUUGGAAGCAUUUGUGGCCACUUCCCGACGUAAACGUGUGGUCAAUUUACCACUGGUCGUUAUAACCCCAGACGUAAAUAACGCUGGACUUGCUUUAGCAGUGGGAAUACCACCGAUUGCUGAAGACUCGACAAGAAAUUUAUUCGGAAAAGCAUUCAUCCAAGCUGGACAAACCAUGAACUGCCAAAUCGAACCCACCCUGUACGAUUUAUCUGUAGUUCGUUUCCCUUUUGAAGAAAGAUCAAAUCUUUUCUCUACUCUAAUCUCACUACUCAGUUAAUUAUCCUUCAAGGUAGAUUUCACCUCCUCAUCCUCAUCCUCAUCCUCCUCAUCCUCCUCAUCACCAUCAUCAUCAUCAUCAUUAUCAUCAUCAUCAUUUUCAUCAUUCUGUUACCACCCAUGGUAAUAGCUCAUCACACAGAGACACACCCAACCUCAACUAUAUAAAUAUUUAAAUUAUUUAUAUUUAAACCAUUCAAAAUUCAACAUUUAUUAUCUAGUGGCUCGGGGCAUCCAGAUUCAAAGCGGAAAAGGUUACAAAAAAAAAAUGUCAUUCGUCAAUAUAUCAGGAUAAGGAUAAGCACUUUCUCCCCUCUCAUCGUCAUCCUCUUAUUAAUUUCAUCAUUAUUAUUACUAUUAUCAUCCAAAUCUAUUUUAUAUUGUAAAUUUUUACAAAAGGAAGUGAACAAAUCAAUUGAUUGGCUUAUCAACUGCUCAAAGGAUACACAUGGAUCAACCAUUAUCAACAACAACAACAACAACAAAAACAAUUGAAUCAUCUUAUUGUGCAUGGGAUUUAAAAACAAUUAAUAGUUAAUCAUCAUCCAAUCCUUGGUUAUAUAACAAUUCAUUUAAAUUGACCAUCAGAUUGAUUUAAUUUUCAAUCAAGAACAUCAUGAAUCCAUGAAAAGGGAAAAGUUAAAUCAUCUUCUCAUACUGAAUUAAUAUUCAUAAAUGUUUCAAUGGUUUCUAAAUGGUUAGACGAUUGAAAUUAACAAUCAGCUGAUUCUUUUCAAUGAUAAAACAAAAAAUUAACUAAAGACUGUCAAGAAAAAAAAACCUUCAGAGAGCAAUGAUAAUUGAUAAACAUCUAAAUGUUACAAUUAAAAGGGAUAAAAAUUGUUGCGCGAUUAAAUUGCUCGAGUUAACUUUCUUCUUCUUUUUCUUCGUAAUCACAAUCAGUUAAUUGUAAUCGCAAUUAAUUCAGGUAAAACUUGAUCAAAGUCUUUUUUUGAAUUGAUUAUUGUUUUAAUCCUGACGAAGAAAUAAAUUGUCGUCUCAAUGUUAAUUAGUUUUCUUUCUAACGAUUAUAAAAGACGACAAUUAGUUUUGCACUUUAAAUUACCCGAAAAUUGAUCCUUCCAUUAAUUAAACAAAUUACGAACUCAAAUUGUGAAAAGAAAAAUUAAUAAACUAACCAUAUAUUUUAUAUGGGGAACUGAU